CGGCUCUCGGCUCCCGUCCGUGUCACAGUGUGUACCAUAAAAGUCGUUUCAGUGAGAGUUUGCGAUCCCGCGGGUACGGUCGGAACUAACGGGAAUUCCUUAUCAGCGUUUUGUACGCGAAUUUGUCGCGGGUUAGCUGCGUGCGUGUGUGGCCGUGGUGUGGCAAUCAUUUUUGCAAAGAAAAGAAAGAUCUCCCCCCCCCCCACAAAAAUCUGUACAAAUCAAAAGCCUUUUCAAAUUGAUUGAUUCGAUCGGUACAAUUCGUGGGAAAAUGUGAAAAAAAAACGAACGGAGAACCCACAGAAAAUCCCUAAAACAGAAACGCGUGCGUUUCCAGUGCGUUUCAAGUGCGUUUUUAGUCGCGUCAGUGUCAUCGUUGUCGCUGUAGCAGCAGCAGCAGCCCACACACAAAUUGUUAUUGCAAUCUGGGCUGAAAUAAAUUGUAAUAUGUUGCUCGUGCAGCGAAAAGUGUAGCAAAGGAGUUUUUGCCACACAAAAGGAACUGCAGAGCCCGCACCUGCACCAACGAAGCGUCAGAGCAGCCACUGCCAUCCGUUUGCAGAUUGCAAAAACCUAGAGAAGCGGCACACAGACAUCGUGAGAGCGCAGAGGGGCCAUCAUGGGCCGGGCCUCGUUGUACUAUUGCUGCUGCCUGCUGCUGGUGUGCCUCGUGCUGUCCACGCUAAAUGGUCGAGCGGCUGGAGCAACACGUGUUCGUGUCAGCUCCUCCACGACCAUGACACGCAACAUUGAGGAGGAGAAUGCUUUACUUUUGCUUUUGGCUGGUCCGCCCGUUCUGUCCGAGUCCAUAAUGGGCACCGUCGGCCGACUGCCCUGCAACGUGACGCCGCCCAUUUACGAGGAUCGUGUGGCACUGGUUAUCUGGUACAAGGUGGGCCUGAAGACGCCCAUUUACAGUGUGGAUACGCGGGACUCGAACUUUGCCCAGGGCACCCACUGGUCAGAUGAAACGUAUCGGGAGCGCUUGUCCUUUCACGUGGAAGGACGUGCCGGCACGCUGAGCAUCAAGUCAACAACGGAGGACGAUACGGGCGAGUAUCGGUGUCGCGUGGACUUCCAAAAGAGUCCGACGCGUAACUCCAAAGUGAAUUUAACAGUCAUAAUACCGCCCGAAUCCGUCAUCAUUUUGGACAGCAAGGGGGCGACCAUUAAGGACCACACCCUGGGGCCCUACAACGAGGGAUCCGCCAUCAACAUUACGUGCGUGGCCAUCGGCGGUCGACCACAGCCGAGGGUUACCUGGCUGCAUGGGAAUACCAUCUACAAGAACGCCAGCGUCGGCCACUCCCUCUCGGAGCGCAGGGUGGGCAAUGUCCUAUCGCUGGCACGCCUGGAGCGCCGGAAUCUUCACAUGCAGCUUACGUGUCGGGCGGAGAACAAUAAUUUGACAACGCCAAUUAUCAGCAGCGUCGUACUCGACAUGAACUUGCGUCCUUUGAUUGUUAAGCUGCAGGGCGAGAAUCGCCCACUGUCGGCGGGUAACUCUUAUCAACUGAGUUGCGUUGUCAUUGGGGCACGUCCAGCGCCAACGAUUACCUGGUGGAAGGGCAGCAGCCCCAUGAAGAAUACCCACGAGAUUGCCAAUCCGGAUGGAAAUAUGACCACCUCCGUGCUCACAUUCACGCCCACCAUCGAUGAUCGCGGCAAGUUCUUGUCCUGCCGCGCCGAGCAGAGCAUGAUACCCGAGUCGGGCUUGGAGGAUGGCUGGAAAUUGGACAUUUAUCAUAUACCCGUUGUCAGCCUGGAGCUGGGCACCAACUCGCUGAAUGCGACACUGCGCGAGGGCAUCGAUGUCUUCUUCGAGUGCAACAUCAAAUCGAAUCCAUGGAUCUACAAAGUCAGUUGGCGGCAUAAUGGCGCCAUUCUAGCCAACAAUCCCGCCGAAGGCAUUGCGGUGUCCAACCAAAGUUUGGUGCUGCAAAAUGCCAGCCGUGCCCGCAGCGGCAUCUACACCUGCGUGGGCAGCAAUCGAGAGGGCGACGGCGAGAGCAAUCCCGUGCAGCUGGACAUUCGAUUUGCACCUGUCUGCCGCAGCAACCAGCGCACCACCUACAGCUCCGGGCGGCACGAGACGGUGAAGGUGGCCUGCGAGAUCGAUGCCAAUCCCAUGGAGGCCAGCUAUGUGUGGAAGUUUAAUGCCAGCCAGGGUGAGACCGUGGACAUACCCGCCUCCCAGGUGGCCGUGGACCGUGGACGCAGCAUUGCCCACUACACGCCCAUGACGGAGAAUGACUACGGCACACUGCUGUGUUGGGCCACCAACGAGAUUGGCGAUCAGAGCGAACCCUGCGUGUACACAAUAGUCCCUGCAGGCGAACCGGAUCCGUUGCUAAAUUGCACGGUGCUCAAUCAGACAUCGACGGGCUUCCAAAUCGAGUGCAUCGAGGGCUUUGAUGGCGGCCUGCAGCAGGACUUUAUAAUGGAGGUUUAUGUGAAUGGAACGACCCGCAAUCCAAAAUUUUCCAAAUCAAAUCGACCGUACUUCGAGGUGAGCGGCCUGGUGCCCGGCAUGGGCUACAAUGUCUUUCUCAUCGCCAACAACAGCAAGGGACGUAGCAAUGCGACCAUUUUGCAGGUCUACACACUGAAGGAUCCCGAGAAGCAAACGGUUAGAAUCACAUUUACAAAAUUCUAUCAGGGUGUAAGGCCCACCAGCACCACAACCACCGCAAUGGCCACCAGCAGCGACUGCGUCUGCGAUGAGGAGGAGUUCCUGGGAGUGGGCAAGGGCAAGGGCUUGGUCCACGAUGCGGGCCAGGAUCAGGCGACCGAAGACCUCUCGUUGGCCUAUGCACCCGUCAUCGAGGACAUCCGGCCCUUCCUGGGCAUACUGGCGGGCAUUGUGGGCAGCGUGUUCCUGGUGGCACUCAUCAUUGUGAUUGUGGUGCGAGUGCGCGGCUCCUCGGGACGCGAUCGCAAUAAUUACUCGCAUCCGGGCAGCGGUGGCAGCGGUGGAGGCGGCACAGGAGGCGGAGGAGUGGCAGUCGCUGGCACGGGUGGACCUGCUGGCACCACAGCCAAUGGCAAUGGCAGCCUGGGCCUCCUCGCGAGCAACAACAAUGGCAGCCUGGGCAUCGGUGGCACACUGGCGCACAAUGGCGGGCAAUCAGUGCAGGAUAUGCAUCGCAUUGGCCGGGACACAUGCCACGUGACGAGCAGCCUGGAUAGCAUUGACAAGAAUCCGGACAUCAUACCACAAGAUGGCCACGACGUGGAUGAUGAGUGGACGACAACGAAGGGUCAUAAUCGCGCCUAUGCCACGGCGGCGCUGGCCGAACAGAAUGCCGUCAUUACCUCCAGCACCUAUGAUCACCUGAUGCCCACAUAUGCGGUGGUUGACAAGAAGACGGGGGGCUUACCCCCAGGCAGCGGUCAUGGCCAUGGCCCGUAUAUACAGUAUAAUACGCUUAUUCCCGUUAGCAAAAUGGGCGCUUACGCCAAUCAACAACAGCAGCAGCAGCAGCAGCAGCAUCCACACACACAUCCGCACCAGCAUCCGCAUCAGCAUCAACUCCAGGCUGGGCAGCAGCAGCAGCAGCAGCAGCAACAGAAGACUGAACUCAGCUACAGCGAUUUGACAGCACCCAUGGUGGGGGUGGGUGGCAGCGCCGUGGGCGUUCAGCGCUUGGCGCCAUACUGCAGCGCCACAUUGGGCCGACCGGGCCGUGGACAGGCGGAGCUGAAGCGGGCCGAACCGAAUAUCUACUCGCAGGUAAAUGUCAUGAUGGAUGAUGAGAUUCUCGCCGACCUGCAGGCAGCCACAGCGGCCGGUGCCGGUGGCAGCUAUGUGGCCGGGGCUGUGGUGGACAAUGUGGGCGGACGGGGCGCCUCCCCAUCCCUCUACCUGCAGGGCUAUGCGACGCGUAUCGAUUUGGCACACCAUCCCAUGCCCAUGUACUCGACCAGCCCGAUGUUCGCCACGAAUGGCGGCACCAUCACCGGAGUCACCAUGUCACAUCCAUCACAGUUGGCCACCUUCUCGCCAACGCCGCCGCCGCCCAUCUUCACACACAGCGUGAUGACCGCCACCGGCGAGGGUGGACUACUACAGCCGGUGACCUGCAUGGGUCUUGUGGCAGCCACGUCUUCAGCAGCGGCAGCAUCGGGACAGCAGCAGCAGCAGCAGCAACAACAUCUCCACCACCAGACAACGGCCAAUGGCGGAAACGGAAGCAUUGUCGGCGUCAAUGUGGGCAUGAGCCUUUAUGGCAGCGAUGUGGGUGUCAAGCCGCAGCUGCUGAAGACUGUGCCCGAGGAGAUGCACCAUCAGCUGAAUGGCGAGGACGUGCUGAUCGCACAGGAUCGUAAUCAUGGCACUGGGACACGCUUCUGACGCUAAGCCUUGAGGAGUGGAGAGAGCAGCAGCAGCAGUCGAACGUAGAGGCUGCCAGCGAGGAACACACAGCGGGAAGGAUCAGCCAAAUCAAAACUAAGAAUAGAAACCCACAGGAGGGUGUUAUAAUUGGUAAACAAAUUGACUAUAAGUUGUAUGUGAUGGCGGCAGGAGUCUAAGGAUUGGUUUUUAAAAGGAGUCCUGGCACGGGCACGGCCAUUAGAGAUGGCUAAUGGUUAACGGAAGGACGAACCUAGGAGCUAGGAGCUAGUUAGGGCACUUUUUAAGCGGCACAGUAGAUGGAUGGAAACCUGUAAAAAGAUAACAAUAAAAACAAAACAAGUUUUGCAUAAAAGCGGAAGCCAGAACGGAAGCCCACUUAGUCCUGUAAGAUGUCGUGUAAAUUAUGGAAUACAAUUAGCAUUAAUAGCUCCUAAUUAUGGCUA